UGGGGCCGGGGCCACUGUCAUUGUAACAAUCAAAGGGCAAAUCAUCCAACCCCUUGUAAAGUGGGGUAAAUCAUCCAAUCCCCCGAGCUUCCAGCGUCCCGUGAUGGGGGCACAAGACGAGGGUAGCCGGCGGCCGCCGCCGCCAGAGCCCACCCCUCGCCAGCCCGCCGCAACCGCGGGCACGGCGCCGCCGCCCAUCACCCCAGCCCAGUUCCUCUCCUGGAAGCAGCGGAAGGAUGCAGAAGAAGCUGCAGAGAAAGCUGAAGCAGCUCAGAAGCGAGCCGCGGAUAUAGCUUCAGGUGCAGUGCAAAUGAAUGGCCGAGAGCUGUUCAAGCAUGAACCCUGGGUGUUUGACAACAACAUUUACUGAGACGACCAAAUCCUGCAGAAACACAGAGCAUGCGUGUAUGCCAUGUUCACUCUCAGAAUCCCACACCAUAAGAGUUUGUACAAGCCGUUUGAGCUCUGUUUUAUGGAACCCGUACAUUGUUUUGCUACUGAUAAAUGGGAACAACGACAGUUCUCUACAAUAUUUUUUUCGUACUUUUCA